AUGUUCUCUGCAAUUCGAAAAAAGUUGGGUGGCGACAAAGAUGAGCAGAAGCCGACGGUUAUGCCUUCUGGAGUACAAAGAGUUGAUGCUGAGUUACAACGAAAAUUUGCUCGUGGAGUUCAAUAUAAUCUGAAAAUUGUGAUUCGCGGAGACCGAAAUGUCGGGAAGACGUGUCUUUGGAAACGUCUUCAAGGGCUGUCAUUUCAAGAGGAGUACGUGGCAACCGAAGAGAUUCAAGUCGCGAACAUAAAUUGGAACUAUCGAGCAACUGAUGACGUGGUCAAAGUUGACGUUUGGGAUAUUGUGGACCAAUCGACAAAAAAGAGAGUUCGGGAUGAUAAACUGAAAUUGGCAAAUAACGGAGUUGAAAUAAAGGGUGACGCGCUUGAUUAUGAAGAUACUGCUUGUGAUGCCCGAUUUGUAGACGUCUAUAAAGGGACCAACGGUGUCAUCUUUGUUUUUGAUAUCACCAAAACAUGGACCUGGGAAUAUGUUCAAAAGGAGAUUGUAAAAGUGCCAAAUAAGAUUCCAGUCCUAGUACUGGCAAACCGCAGAGAUAUGGGACAUCAUCGACAAGUAACCGAUCUUCAGUGCUCAACGUUUGUUGAACUUUUUAACAGCAGUCAUCCAUCUCCCGAUGGCUCUCCGAGGGCUCGUUUCGCUCCUGCUUCAAUGCGAUACGCGUUUGGUCUCAAAUUUGUUCAUCACUUUUUCAACAUCCCCUUCCUUUGUCUUCAGCGUGAAUCACUUCUUCGACAAAUUGAGACAAACAAAUCCGAAAUAGUGUCAAGUUAUCACGAGUUAGACUGUUACCAAGAGACACCAGAAGCUGACUACGAUACAUUCAUAGAAAUGGUAAAUCAGAAGCGAAGAGAGUACGCGGAUAAAAAUAGUGUGAAUGCAAGACAAGGAGCGGUUCAAACAUCAGGAAGAGUUAUGGGUGGAGGACAACCUAUUCCAGGACAAAAACUCACACCACCAACCAUCCCGAGAGCAACAGCAGAUACCUCCGAGACAAAUACUACUACGUCGGCAUCAGACACUACUCGAAAAAACUCUUUCGAAAUAGUUGGUGACGACGAUGAAGAUGGCAUAAACAAUUUCCUCGGUGAAAAACAGGAGGCUAGACAUAACGGAGCCGUGAAAUCAAAACACAAUGAAAGUGAUAGUGAGACAGAGAACAAUAUGGUUUGGAAGUUUGAAGAAGACUUCUCUGUGGACGAUGACUUAAUGGUGAAAAUGGCAAAGAUUGGUGAACAGAGAAAGGUUCAAUUAAAUUCGAAAAAGCUGACAGUCCCCGAAACAGUUGAAAGAGAAAUUGAAACACCAAUUGCAUAUCACGUCAAAGUAUACGAUGAUGAUGUUGAUUCGCCGGUUACCGAACAACCAACAGCUGCAAUGGAGAGUUUCGGAAGUCCAAUAGUGCAAACUCCGCUUUCUGAUGUUGUGAAUCCAAUGACAGUAGCAAUGACCUCAGAUGAUUUGGAUGCAUGGCUUGGCUCUGAUGAUCAUUCUCCUAAAUCUGUAGCUACGGUGGCAGACAAACAAAAUAGUAGCGACGAGGAAUUCGGAGUGGAACUACCCGAGUCUACCUCCAAACCAACAGUUGACAUAUUUUCGCUUAUCCCUGAAGAUAAAAUCCAGCAGCGAACACAAAGUCCUGCAGUCGUAGAAGACUUGGAAAAAGAUUCUGAAAAAGCAGAAAAGAUUGUGAAGAAAAAGAAACUUAAGAAGUCAACCAAGAAGGCCAAAGCCGAAGAAGAAGCUGAGCAGGAAGAGAAACUGACGAAGAAAACUAAAAAAGUUCCGAAAAAGAAAGCAACCGAGAAGACAUCGCAAUCCUUACUUGAGGAUUUUUUGGGGCCGGCUGAUGAAACUAUGGCAAGUGGUGACUAUGAUCCCCUCUAA